CGCGGGUUUAUAAAACUCAGAAAUCUAUAAGACUAUAAGCUACUUCUUUUCCGCCUUUCUGCUUCUUGGAGUAGUGGUGCUCCCGUGGAUAGCAGGGGACAGAAAUGGGAGGCAGGGGCAGGUCCCGGACUCAGAGGAAACACUUCAGACAAAGCAGAGAUAAUGUAUGGAAACGAGGUAAAUUCGAUUCUUCACAGCCGUCGGACAGCUCCACCACCUCAGACGUCCGAGAGAACAACGGAAAAAAUAUUUCCUGGGAGCCUUUCGCCACCAAGAACACCGCUUUCGACGAGUAUUACAAGGAACAAGGGAUAGUUUCUGUGGAAGAGUGGAACACAUUCAAUGAAUAUCUCCGGAGUCCAUUGCCUGCUGCUUUUCGGAUCAAUUCUAGUUGCCAGAGCUAUAUGGAUAUCCGUUCAAAGUUAGAGAAUGAUUUUGUGAAGUCCCUGCAGGCAGAGAUUACGGAUGGGAGUGAAGUGGAAGCAAUCAGACCGUUGCCUUGGUAUCCUAAGAACCUUGCUUGGCAGUCCAAUUUUUCUCGGAAUGAGUUGCGGAAAAACCAAACACUUGAGAGAUUUCAUGAGUUCUUGAAACUGCAGAAUGAAAUUGGCAACAUUACAAGACAGGAGGCUGUGAGCAUGGUUCCUCCACUGUUCCUGGAUGUACAUCCUGACCAUUUUGUUCUUGACAUGUGUGCAGCUCCUGGUUCUAAAACAUUUCAGUUACUAGAGAUGAUAUACAACUCAGUGAAACCUGGGUCAUUACCCAACGGGAUGGUGAUAGCAAAUGAUGCUGAUGUGCAAAGAUGCAAUCUUCUUAUUCAUCAAACAAAGAGAAUGUGUACUGCCAACUUGAUAGUCACAAAUCAUGAAGCUCAGCACUUCCCAAGCUGCAAUUUGAAUAGACGCCAUGCAGAGGAUUAUGAGAUUGCGAAAAUAGAGGAUCCUGAUUUAACACAGCUGAGAUAUGACCGUGUGUUGUGUGAUGUUCCAUGCAGUGGUGAUGGUACCCUGCGUAAGGCACCUGAUAUUUGGAGGAAAUGGAAUGGAGGAAAUGGCAAUGGUCUGCAUGGCCUACAAGUUCAGAUAGCCAUGCGAGGCAUGUCUCUGCUUAAAGUCGGGGGGAGGAUGAUUUAUUCAACCUGCUCAAUGAACCCCAUUGAGAAUGAGGCAGUGGUUGCGGAGGUUCUUCGCAGGUGUGGGGAGUCUGUUGAACUUGUUGAUGUCUCCAGUGAGCUUCCUCAGCUUAUCCGGAGGCCAGGUCUUAAACGAUGGAAGGUUCGUGACAAAGGAGCAUGGUUAGCUUCUUACAGAGAUGUUCCUAAAUCUCGUAGAGCUGCAAUAGUGCCUGGAAUGUUUCCUUCUGGCAAGAGCUUUGUCGACACAUCUGAAAGUGGUAGCGAUUCUACCAUUAUUGACAUCAGUGACAUUGUUGGCCACAGAGGUUCCACAAACGGGGUUCCUAUGGCUGAAGGAACUACAAAUUCUGCUGACUUCUUUGAGGAGGAAGUCUCGACACUACCUUUAGAACGUUGUAUGAGGAUUGUACCUCAUGAUCAGAAUACUGGAGCAUUCUUUAUUGCAGUCUUUCGCAAACUUUCUCCAUUGCCAGAUGUUAAAAAUCAUGUUAAUCUGCCCAGGAAGUUGCAUUCAAAUAACAAUGAUAUUCAAACAGAGAAGUUAACAACUGAGGUCCAAGAAGAAGAUACUGAUCCAAUGCAAGCUAAGCUGGAAGAGAUUUCAACUGUUCUUCCUGAAUUGACUAGGGAUACCAAUGCAACUGAUAACGAGAUGGUUGAUGCUGCUUUUGAUGCAGAGUCUGGUAGAACGCCUGAAGUGAAUGAAGCAAAUGGCAUCGAACCUUCUAACAAUAAUAUGGAAGCUAAUCCAGAGAUGGUUAGAGGAAAAAGGAAAUUACAAGUUCAAGGCAGGUGGAGAGGGGUUGACCCUGUUAUCUUUUACAGGGAAGAAGAAGUUGUUGGUAAGAUCAAAGAUUUCUAUGGCAUCAAAGAAUCCUUUCCAUUUGAUGGUCAUCUUAUUACAAGAAAUGCUGAUAUGAACCAUGUGAAGAGAGUCUAUUACAUAUCGAAGUCAGUGAAGAAGGUUCUUGAACUCAAUUUUGUAGUUGGACAGCAACUUAAGAUAGCCUCUGUUGGACUGAAGAUGUUUGAAAGGCAAACAUCUAAAGAUGGUACAUCUGCGCCAUGUUUGUUCCGAAUAUCAUCUGAAGGGCUGCCGUUGCUUCUGCCCCAUGUAACCAAACAGAUUCUACAUGCAUCUCCCAUCGACUUCAAGCAUCUAUUGGAGCAUAAAAGUGUUAAAUUUGCCAACUUCAUCGAUGCUAACCUUGGAGAGAAGGCUUCAAAUCUAUUGUUGGGUUGCUGUGUGGUUAUUUUAAAGAAAGAAAGUGUGGGUGUGUCAGAUCCUUCUCAAGUGGAUGCGUCAACGGUUGCAAUUGGAUGCUGGAGAGGAAGGACUAAUGUGUCUGUGAUGGUAACUUCUCUCGACUGCCAAGAACUUUUAGAAAGGAUGUCUCUUUAUACAGAAGAGGAUACACCUUUGUCUUUGCCGGAUAGCAAACAAUCACCGACCUCUGAUGAUGAACUUGUGCCGGAUAGCGAAGCAUCUGCCAUUGAUGAUGAACUUUAAGACUUUUUUUUUGCCAAAUUCAAACUUAUUACACCAUCUCCACCGUUUUUUAUAUUAAAUAUCCACCAAGGCACUUUGCAUUUUAUAAGACCAUACACUUACAAUCUGUUGAGUUUUUGUUUGACAGUGUACCAAUAAUAUAACCACUACAAUUAUAUAUUGAGUUGUGAUGAUUCAAGGAUGUUUUAAUUGGACUGAUUUUUUUAAAUAGGUAAUAUUUGAUUUGGUUUGUUAAAGUUUUGUCCGG